GAGCCUUUCUGAUCCCUUACAUAACACUCUUGUUGGUGUGCGGCCUACCGCUUUACUAUAUGGAGAUCGAGAUGUCACAGUUCUCCGGAAAGGGGCUUUACAGAGUUUGGGACUUCGCCCCACUAUUUAGAGGUAUAUGUAUAACGAUGUUCAUUCUGGGAGGAGUAAGCAUGUCCAUUUACCCGACUAUGCGAGCCUGGACCAUAGAGUUCCUGGUCAACUCCUUUCGGUCCACACUGCCCUGGUCAAGCUGUAAUAACACGUGGAACACUGACAAGUGUGUCGAGGUCAAAAUAGCCAGAAGUGCCCUGUAUAACCUCUCAAUGACAAACACAUCACUAGCUGCUGUUAACAAUAUGACAUUAUCUCCAGCAAUGGCGCUCGAGAGCAUGUCCGCGGCGGAAGAAUUUUGGCAACACCACGUCCUUGACCUGUCCUCCGGAAUAGAGGACGUUGGUCCUAUCAACUGGAAAUAUGUCCUCUACCUCCUCAUCACCCACGUCCUCGUCUACCUGUCCCUGGUGAAAAGUGUCAAAUCUUUCGGAAAGGUGAUGUAUGUGACGGCUUUGCUACCCAUUGCGUUGGUCCUAGUUAUUUGGAUCCGAGCCCUGAUUUUACCUGGUGCAUUGACGGGUAUGGCAUACUUCAUAACACCAGACUUCUCGGUACUCUCCAAUACUAAAGUGUGGAUAGAGGCGGGAUUCAUGGCAUUUUACACACUCGGACCUGGUUGGGGAGGACUGGCAACAUUCGGCUGUCACAACAAAUUCAAAGAAAACAUCCUGACUGACGUCACAAUAACCACUGUUGUUGUUGUAUUGUUUGGACUGUUGAAUGGUCUAGUGGUGUUUGCCGUAGUAGGCGUCAUGGCUGAGGAGUCCGGAAUUCCUGUCCCAGAAAUAAUUACGUCAGGGGGAUUUUCUUUAGGCUUCGUAGCAUAUCCCCAGGCGCUUACCUACCUGCCAUUUUCCCAGGUGUGGGCUGUUCUCUUCUUCCUAGCCCUGCUUAUGCCCGGGAUGGACAUGCAGACCGUGACCUUUGAACCGAUGAUGAAUAUUUUGGAGGAGGCAUUUCCGAGACUUCGUAGGCACCGAUUGAUAGUAUUGGGAGCGAUAUUUAUCGUCGUUUUCCUGUUUGAGCUUCCCUUCCUAACAAGGGCCGGAGCGUACGUCUUCCAGCUAAUGGACUGGUAUGGAGCAGCCUUCAGUGUGGUAGCUAACGCCCUUCUUGAGGCCGUCGUCUUCUUUUGGAUAUAUGGCAAGUAAACUUGUCAUCUACUGCAAAUCAAUUGGUUUAUUUUUGCGAUUGUUUGACAAACCGCUUAAUAGCGAGCAAGGAAUACUUGCACAACAAUGCAAACACUGAAUAAGUCAUCUUUGACACAUUUCUAUAGCUUCCAACCUUAUUAGGUAUAUUCUAAUUUUAGAUCUCGAAGAAUAGAGCAAUUUCUGAAAUCGUCUGAAAGGUCAAUCCGAAAUUGUUUUUAAAAUUAUGGACACAUUUUUGUGUCGCCUUGAAAAGGUGACAUAUAGGUAUUACUAUGUCAGCGUCGUCGGUGUCGGUGGUGGCGUCGUCCGCACAAUGGUUUCCGUCCAAUAACUUGAGUUCCC